AUGGAAAUAACCACACAAUCUCUUUCUUAUGCCAAGGCUAAGGCUAAUUCUCCAUCUCCAGCCUUUUUUCCAGCUAAAUCAACUGUUUUUGCUCGUUCUUCUGUCAGUUUUCUGGGCUAUAAUUGCCUGCCCAGAAACCUACAGUGUAGUGCAAGACAGUUGAGGAACUUUGGAGCUAUAAGUGCUUCUGAUUCUGAAACCAAUCCUACAAAUAAUUCGGUUAGAUGGCUUCUUGAACCUGUAGGUGAUGGUGAUUCAAGACACAUAGGCUAUAAGACUGCAUUGCCUGAUGCAUUUGAAAUAGCUUCCAAUGUAGUCACCGUUGGACGCGUUGCAGGGAAAGCAGAUAUUGUGAUUCCUGUUCCUACAGUUUCUGGUGUGCAUGCCCGGAUUCAGAAGACAGAAGAGAGUCUUUUGAUCACAGAUCUGGACAGCACAAAUGGUACAUUUAUUGAUGCAACACGACUUCAACCUGGAGUUGUUGCUGCUGCAUCUCCUGGAAAUCUCAUUACAUUUGGGGACACCAAUUUAGCGGUAUUCAAAGUGUCAAAGCUUGAAGUUGAACCAGAGAAGACUUCUGAAAGUAAAUCGGAGGACGAGCCAAGCAGCAUCUCAGAGUCGACAAGCUGA